AUGACAAUUCUAAGCUCGAUAAUGACAAUAAGGGUGGGCAUGGACCAGGCUAUUACGAUAUUGCUGAAAAGGAUGUCCAUAAACUAGACCCGUACGAAAUUGCCGACAAAGAUGCAUACAACGAACUUGGAGAAAUAGAUGAGUCUUAUGACAUGGAUAAAGGAUUCGAUUCAGAAUUUGAGAAUGGUCUAACCGAGAAAAGCACCCAGGCCUUUUGGCGCCGUCGCCGCCGCCGUCGUCGUCGUGCUCCAGCCCCUGCUCCGAAACCUCGACGUCCCAUCAUCUUCCAUUUUUAUCGUCGUCGACAGAUUUUCGUCUAUGGCAAAAAACGAUAA